GGGACGAAGCUUGUAUUUAUUCACUUAUUCGUGGUUGUUCGCGGUUGCUAUAAACGAAACUAACAUUACCGAACAAGCGUAUUUUUCUUUUAUUGCGAAUAAGAAUAAAUAAUUAAGAAUAUUUAAUAAAUCGUUUGAAAAAUUAUUUCAAGAAUAUGAGUUAUUUCGUAACUAACGAUCGGGGUAAACAUCAGUACGAAAGACUCGAUGAAGUUCAUAACCAGUCAACGUUACGCCCUAUUAUUAGUUUAAUCGUAGUGGGCAUUUGUAUGAUAUUAUUAAUAUUGUCAGCAUGGAAUUUUAACAAUGCGAUAAAUGAAACUAGUAACGUUCACGUAUUUUACUUGAAUUUCAAACGAUCACCUUUACAUGUAGUAUCAACAAAAUUUUUGUCCUUCGGUCUCGAUACUUCUUUAUUACGCGAUAUGAUAAACUUUCCAAUUGAAAAUGAAAAAUUUAUUAACUUAGCUCGGCAUCUUGCACCUGCUUAUGUUCGAAUAGGUGGUACAUCGUCAGAUUGUUUAUACUUCAAUCAGACAACGCAAAUAAUUCCGGAGAAAAUAAUUAGUCCUAUAAAUGGCAAUGACAUAAGUAAUUUUACAUUAACCGAAAUAGAUUUCGAAAAUUUAUAUAACUUUGCCAUAAAAUCGAAACUACGCAUGAUCUUCGAUUUAAAUGUAUUGAUUAGAACUGCUGAUAAUUCCUGGGACGAUAUUAACGCCAAAGAUAUUAUUUUAUUUGCCAAAAAUAAACAGAUGAAAUUAGAUUGGCAGUUAGGGAAUGAACCAAAUUCCUUUCGUCAUGUAUUUAAUAGGGUUGUCAAUGCUACACAACUUGCAAAUGAUUAUUAUCAAUUAAGACAAUUAUUAAACAAACUAGGAUAUAAUGAAAGUAUUCUUGUCGGUCCAGAAGUAAAUCAUAUUGGUGAUACCAAUCAUCAGGGAGAAUGUUAUGCAGAAACGUUUUUAAAAAAUGAUAAAGAUAGUGUAAAUUAUGUUACUUGGCAUCAGUAUUAUCUUAAUGGAAGAGAAGCUCGAGUAGCUGACUUCAUAAACGUUUCCACCUUUAAUUAUUUGCCAAUGCAAAUUAAAUCUAUGAAAGAAGCAAUUAAGCUAUCAGGAAAAAAUAUUCUUAUGUGGUUAUCAGAAACUAGUACAGCUUAUGGUGGGGGUGCUCCAGAAUUAUCAGAUAGGUUUGUGGGUGGAUUUUUAUGGCUUGAUAAAUUAGGAUACUCUGCCAGCACAGGUUUAAAUGUUGUCACCAGACAAUCAUUAUUUGGUGGAUAUUAUGCUAUGGUGGGGCCUGAUCUUAUACCAAAUCCAGAUUGGUGGGUUAGCGUAGUGUAUAAACAAUUUGUGUCAGAAAAGGUUUUGAAAUUGACAUCUUUAAACAACUCUGACCGUGUGCGACUUUAUGCACACUGUACCUCUAAGAAAGCAUUAAUCAGUAGAGUGUCAGCAAUUACAAUAUAUGGAGUGAACAUAAACAAAGUUCCUGUUCAUAUAACUAUUCAAGGGAUUUAUUCUGCACUUCACAGAAAUGCCAAAAUCUUUUUAUAUGCAUUUACUUCUGAUAAUCUUCAAUCAAGAGAUAUAAAAAUGAAUGGAAAAAUAUUAAAAUUGGAACCUGAUGGGAGUUUACCACCAUUUUGGCCUAUAAUAUUAGAACCUACACAAGUGAUUACAUUGCCACCCUAUUCUAUGGUAUUCAUUGUAAUACAUGGUGUAAAGGUUCCAGCUUGUGAGGCAUAGGUGUUACUUAAUGAACCAGCACGAUUAUACAACCAUUUUAUACUAUACAUUUUUCAUAUAUUAAAAAUUUAUAAUACGGUCUCAUAAAACAUAUUUUUACAAUCUUUCGCUAAGAAAGAAAAGAGUAAUGGAAAUCAAUAAAAGAAUUAAAUAAU